GUAACAUUGAAUGCGCAUGCCUAGUAGCUUUUACAUGAUUGUGGAGGCUUUAGGUUUUUUACCCGCGCUGCUUGGACUCGUUUAACCAUGGUGAAAAAACGGAAAGGGCGACGGAUUGUUAUCGAUUCGGACUCUGAAGUCAGCGGCAGUGACGAAAAUUUAGACCAGGAACUGCUAUCUUUAGCCAAACGCAAGAAGAGUGGCUCUGAAGAGAAGGAACAGCCAAGUAUCAAGAAUGCAGCCACUUCAGAUUCUGAAACUCCAGAUAGUGGUGAUGAGUGGACAGUGGGGGGAACCAAAAACAAGAAGAAGGUGAAAACUGGAAAAGGAUUAGAAAAAAAGGGAGCUAUGAAGAAACUGACAAACAGGGCCGCCUCGUCUGGAAGCUCUACGAAAGACAGCUCUGGAGAGAGUUCUGCUCCCGAAGAAGGUGAGGUUUCAGACUCGGACAGUAACAGUUCAUCUUCCAGUUCUGAUUCCGAUUCUUCGUCUGAAGAUGAGGAAUUUUGUGAUGGUUAUGGAGAGGAUCUCAUGGGUGAUGAAGAAGACAGAGCCAGACUUGAACAGAUGACUGAGAAAGAAAGAGAGCAAGAGCUAUUCAAUCGAAUAGAGAAGCGAGAAGUGCUUAAGAGACGGUUUGAGAUAAAGAAGAAACUGAAAACGGCAAAGAGAAAAGAAAAGAAAGAAAAAAAGAAAAAGCAUGAUGAGGAACAGGAGAAAAAGAAACAAACACAACUGCUGGAGACACAGGUUACCUCGCACAACAAAGAGAGGCGAUCAAAGAGGGAUGAGAAACUUGACAAGAAAUCACAGGCUAUGGAAGAGUUAAGAGCGGAAAGAGAGAAGAGGAAAAAUAAGACUGCUGAGUUGAUUGCACGGAAGCAACCAUUGAAGACAAGUGAAGUAUAUUCAGAUGAUGAGGAGGAAGAAGAGGAUGACAAGUCAAGUGAUAAAUCUGAUCGGUCUUCCAGAUCUUCAUCUUCAUCUGAUGAAGAGGAGGAGAAAGAAGACAUUCCACCAAAGUCUUUGCCUGUCUCUUUGCCAGAAGAACUCAACAAAGUUCGGUUAUCCAGACACAAGCUUGAGCGGUGGUGCCACAUGCCGUUUUUUGCAAAAACAGUAUCUGGCUGCUUUGUAAGAAUUGGCAUCGGAAACCAUAAUAGCAAACCUGUAUACAGGGUAGCUGAAAUUACGGGUGUUGUUGAAACUGGAAAAGUUUACCAACUUGGAGGUACUAGAACGAAUAAAGGCCUUCAGUUACGGCAUGGUAAUGACCAACGGGUCUUCCGUCUAGAAUUCGUCUCUAAUCAAGAAUUUACAGAGAGUGAAUUUAUGAAAUGGAAAGAGGCGAUGUUUUCUGCCGGGAUGCAGCUCCCAACUCUAGAUGAGAUCAACAAAAAAGAAGUGAUCAUUAAAGAAGCUAUGAACUAUAAAUUCAAUGAUCAGGAUAUUGAGGAAAUUGUGAAGGAGAAAGAACGGUUUAGGAAAGCUCCACCAAACUACGCCAUGAAAAAAACGCAACUCUUGAAAGAUAAGGCCAUGGCAGAGGAAGCCGGAGAUGGUGACAAGGCAAAGCAAAUCCAGGACCAGCUUAAUGAAUUAGAGGAGCGGGCCGAAGCUUUAGAUCGUCAAAGAACAAAGAACAUAUCGGCUAUCAGCUACAUAAAUCAACGUAACCGAGAAUGGAAUAUAGUGGAGUCAGAGAAAGCAUUAGUGGCAGAGAGCCAAAGUAUGAAGCAGCAACAGAUGGACCCCUUUACCAGGAGACAGUGUAAACCUACCAUGGUGUCCAAUUCCAGGGAUCCAGCUGUUCAAGCUGCUAUCAUUGCACAGCUGAAUGCCAAGUAUGGGUCAGGAGGUAACAUGGAGACUUCCAAAGAAAAGGGCAUGAAUCAAAACAAAGAUGGAAACCCCCGAUCAACGAGUGACCUCUCAGAGGACCUUUUUAAAGUCCAUGACUUUGAUGUAAAGAUAGACUUGCAAGUCCCUAACUCAGAGUCCAAGUCGCUUUCUAUUUCCUCCAAAGCUCCCCCAGCAAAAGAUGGCGCACCCCGCAGGUCCCUAAACCUCGAAGAUUACAAAAAAAGAAGAGGUUUGAUCUGAGCCUGGACGACCUGCUGCUUCUGACUUUGCAUGCCCAAUUAGUUUUGGUACAUUAUACGUCCAUGUAUUUUCCCACAAUGGACUUGAGAAGCAGCACAGACUGAAACACCAGCUUAACUGUAACAUAAACCAAUGGACUGUAGAACCUUUUCAACUCACUUGUUUUGUUUGUUUUUGUUUUUUGUGUCUUCUUGAGGUUUACCACCUACCACUGUAACAUAUUACAUGGUUGCUCUGAAAAUUAUUAUUAUUUCAUCUGGAUUAAGUGCUUGUAUGACACAAAGGUCUUCGCACCUGUCUGAAUAAAUCACCUGCACUUUGUUCUUUAAUGAAAAGUAUUGACAUGCUUUUUUUGGGUGUUUGGUGUCUUUGCGAACAAACUGGAGUGUUAGUCUUUUUUAAAGUUAUUUUAAACCUGUAGUAAAGGUUGUCCUGGUUUUUAAGGUUUAUUACAAGCUGUAAAUAAGCAUGUGAAAGUGUAAGGAAGAUAUUCAUUGCAUAUGAUUCUUCUAAUAAAAAUAAAACAAAGCGUUAAUUUGCAUCUA